CACUUGUGUACUCUUCAUUUCAAUACCACAGUGUAUGAACUAAGCAUUUGUAUCAGAAUUUAUGUGGAAGCAGCGUUCUUCUGCACGUAAUAUUGAUGUCUAAAUUAUAGGUGUUAUACCAAGGUGUAUGUGAAAUUAAGGAUUCUCUCUGACAUUCUACCCUGUCUUCACUAGUAGCUGUAAGAUAGGUUGUUAACGUAAGGUUUUUUGUUUUUUUGACGCAAAAGCAAGCUAAGAGCAUGAAGACUUCUUCGUGUCUACUAUUGUGCGUCAUCACAACGCUUUCCUUUUUCUGCGCGGCAAUAGAGCUAGCAUCGGAUAUAGACGGUGUAGAUGUUGCAGAUUCUGUAAAUCGCCAUCUAUCGGCGGCUUCCCGUAGGAAGUUUGCUCAUAGUAACGAUGUGUCGCUCAAUGUAUCUGCUCCAUCCGUGACUACAAUGGAUGAUGACGAUGAAGAUGAUGAAGAGGAUGAUGAUGACAACGAUUAUCAGGUUGAGCAUAAAUCAACUGCGAUCAAAUCGGAAAAUAAGCCCAAUUUGAAAGCUAUGGACGAUUCGUCGGAUGCUAUUGAUGGAUCCAAGGAAUCAUCGUCUAAUAGUCAACGACUGUUAAUGAACAGUCUCCCAUCGCACAAAGACGUCGCAUUGGAGUCACCAAAAAGUGCACUAGAUGUAAUUGCCAACUUUUUCAGAGAGAUGACGGAGAUAUUUCAUCAGAGACUUAAUGAGUUUUUCGACAACAUUGACAAACAAAUCAAAGCAAACAGCGCAUUACCUUUAUUGGAACAGGGUGACACCUUCUUCUGAAUGUAGGACCAAUCUUAGGUCGGAUCGUCAUAUUUUAACAUCGAAACAAU